CUUCUCCGCCGUCGCAACGGUUCCCCGAAACGGUGGCGCUGCUCACUCGCACUCUCCACUGCAGUUACUCACUUAUCGGCAAUUUCCACUGCAUUUCUCCCUCUCCCUUCUCUCUUCCUUCAGUUCGUUUUGAAAGUUGUGUACGGAAGGGCAUAAACAUGAUUGGUUCUUUACUCACCAGAGUGUUUAUAUUAAUCUUUGGUUAUGCUUAUCCUGCAUAUGAGUGCUUUAAAUCUGUGGAAAUGAACAAGCCGGAUUAUCAGCAACUUCGUUUUUGGUGCCAGUACUGGAUCAUAGUUGCAAUAAUGGCAGUUUCUGAAAAGAUUGGUGAUGCCUUUAUUUCAUGGAUUCCAAUGUAUAGUGAAGCUAAGCUGGCAUUCUACAUAUAUUUGUGGUUUCCAAAAACCAAGGGAACAACAUAUGUAUAUAAUUCAUUCUUUAGACCAUUGGUUCUAAAGCAUGAACAUGAAAUUGACCAUAACCUAUUGGAGUUAAGGAUUAAAGCUGGAGAUAUUGCACUUAUGUACUGGCAAAGAGCGGCUAGUUAUGGUCAGACGAGAGUGUUUGAAAUCCUGCAGUUUAUUGUUACACAAUCAAGUUCAUUUGGAUCAUCUCCUUCUGCACAGCCACAAAAGCAAGGCAACACUAAUACUUCGUCAACCCAAACACCCAUAGCUGUGCCUGUAACAACAAAACCAGAGAAUGAAGAAAAAAGUCCUCCUGUUACAAGUGAACCUUCAACUGAGCAUAAAAAAGAUGCAGCAGAAGGGGCCCCACCUUCGGAACCACAACCAACAGCUCCACCCACCCCUUCCAGUGACAAAAAACCAACACUAAAAGAACUCAUCCUCACUGAAAUAUCAGGAAAGGCUUCAAGCUCUGAAGGAGGUGAGCUUCAACUGGUAAGCACAAGUGCGAAGGCCACUGCAGUUGCAGAAACUCUCCCUGAGAAAGGCCCUCGUCGUUCUAGGUUCCGCAAGAACCGUACUGCUGCCCAAUGACAUUUCCCUAAGUUUUUUUCUUCAUACGGUGUACAUUUUUUUUUGGUUUUUUUAUAAAUGUGUACUUAAUAGUCAAUAUUGUAUUGGAGAACUUAUCCUAGAAACAUA